AUGAGAGCCAGUGCCGUUUUGCUUGCCUUCUCCUGCAGCAUUGCUGUUGCAGCCUCAGAUGAAGGAGCUGAGUAUGCAAAGGCUGGAGUAAAAAUGCUCACCGAAACAUGUAAAGACCUGAAAGAUGGCAGCUCAGCCGCCUCCACUGCACAAGCGAUCGCUGCCACCACGGUUUCAACUGCCGGGGAAGUGGUGAUGGCAACGGGCGGGCCCGUCGGGUGGGUCGUUGGUGGCUUGAUGUGUCUCUUCGGAGGGCUUAUGGAGCCGUCUGAGCCGUCCGAGACCGACAUCCUGAAAAAACAGAUCGCAGACCUCAAAGUUACGAUUUCAGAAAAGCUUGACAACAUCAACCGCAAGUUGGACUACAUUGGAAUGAGUAUCAGCGCCCUCCAACAUUCCAUCAAGCAGGUGUUUGCUGAGACGCAACAAAUCGAGCGUGAUGUGCAGCGAGUCCGGCUAGACGAGGAGGGUGGUCUUGUGUGGCUUCAGAACAUCCCGUACCAGUAUAUGACCUUCCUGAAUCUGUUGCAUGCAGCGCAGGCAGAUCCAGACAAUUUAGAUGACUUGUCCCAGUGGAUUAGCAAGUACCGAGAACCCUACGAGGAGACCUACUUCCGCUGGGACAACAUCUACAGGAUCCUUGUGCAUUACGAUUGGCCCCUGCAUGGGGCGCUUGUGCUCCAGGACAUCAUAGUGGCCCGUAUCCAGUUCGCAACCAUGCAAAGUCUCGCCUUGUUCAUGGAACAUGGCAGAUUCACUGCGUUGGGACUGACGCAUGCGCGCCUCAUGGAUGAUGACCUGCGAGCAUACAUGAUAAUCGCCCGAGACAAAAAGCUGCCUAUUCAACUGCAGCCCGAAACUCUCGUCAUAAAGAUGAGCCAAUGCCACGCUGCAAAAAUGGGACAGAAAGUUAGAGAUCAGUUUUGGCCGGAAGGUCUGAAGUCCUACUUGCACCGCUGCUGCUGCGACAUGGAAUGCGACCAGCACCCUCUAAUAGGUCAUUGCCCCUGCCGCCAAAGCGAGGACGCCUCCUUCGUCAUUGGGCCUAUGGGAGCGAUGCUCUUUUGUCACGAAGCAUUUCAAUACAAGCGUAUGUUUACAAGCAGCGCCUUAGCACUUGAAGCUUCUGAUGACCAGGGCUUUGUCCAGAAAAUCACCGGGGUGGAGUUUGCCUCUUUCGCAUCAUUCCUCGUGACUAUCAUCCUGCUUGUCUGCGCGGCUGUGGCCUUUCGUAAGUUGCAGAACCGGCAGAACGAACACGGGUACAGCCGUCUUCCUGAGGAAGUCCACGGAUGA